CGCCUGCUAGCCUGAUGAGCCGUGGAAGUGACGGAGCAGCGGUGCUAGUGAGGUGCGAGGCGAAGGCGCGGGACUCCGGACGAGAGAACAAGUUGGUGGCAGAAAACUACUUUGAUUUGUUUCAGAAUACAGCAGAAAAUGGCCACUGAACAAACUUCCUGGACAAGCCUGUCCACUAUUCAAAAAGUAGCCCUGGGCCUUGGAAUCCCAGCAAGUGCAGCAAUUGCUUACAUCCUAUUCCGCCGAUACAGGGAAAGCAGAGAAGAACGAUUAACAUUUGUUGGAGAAGACGAUAUUGAGAUAGAGAUGCGAGUUCCUCAGGAGGCUGUGAAGCUGAUCAUCGGUCGCCAAGGAGCCAAUAUUAAACAGCUGCGGAAACAGACAGGCGCUCGGAUUGACGUGGACACGGAGGAUGUCGGUGAUGAGCGGGUGCUGCUUAUCAGUGGUUUUCCUGUUCAGGUGUGCAAAGCCAAAGCAGCAAUCCAUCAGAUCCUGACAGAGAACACCCCGGUGUUUGAGCAACUCUCAGUCCCCCAGCGAUCUGUGGGCAGAAUCAUAGGGAGAGGUGGCGAGACGAUUCGUUCUAUCUGUAAGGCUUCUGGAGCCAAAAUUACAUGUGAUAAAGAAUCAGAGGGAACGUUACUACUGUCAAGACUUAUAAAAAUCUCUGGAACACAGAAGGAAGUGGCAGCAGCUAAGCAUCUGAUACUGGAGAAAGUAUCAGAAGAUGAAGAACUUCGAAAAAGGAUUGCCCAUUCUGCUGAAACCAGAGUUCCACGAAAGCAGCCAAUCAGUGUUAGAAGAGAGGAAGUGAUGGAGCCAGGUGGGGCUGGCGAAGCCGCUCUCUGGAAGAGUACCACUUCUAGCAUGGGCCCAGCCGUACCCCUGGAGGUUCCUCUCCGCAAAGGUGGUGGCGAUAUGGUUGCUGCAGGACCAAAAGAAGGUUCCUGGGAGAAACCUAAUGAUGACAGCCUUCAGAACCCUGGUGCCCAGAACAGUCCAGAGACGUCCAUGUUUGAAGUUCCUAGUCCUGACUUCAGUUUCCAUGCCGAUGAGUACCUAGAAGUCUACGUUUCUGCUUCUGAACACCCUAACCACUUCUGGAUCCAAAUCAUUGGCUCCCGCAGCCUCCAAUUGGAUAAACUUAUCAUUGAGAUGACCCAGCACUAUGAAAAUAGUCUGCCUGAAGACUUGACUGUAAACGUAGGAGACAUUGUAGCAGCACCUUUAUCUACAAACGGCUCCUGGUAUCGAGCCCAGAUUCUUGGUACCCUGGAAAAUGGGAACUUGGACCUCUAUUUUGUUGACUUUGGAGAUAAUGGAGAUUGCCCACUGAAGGAUCUCAGGGCUCUCAGGAGUGACUUCCUGAGCCUUCCUUUUCAAGCAAUAGAAUGUAGUCUGGCACGGAUCGCCCCCUCAGGUGAACAGUGGGAAGAGGAAGCUCUAGAUGAGUUUGACAGACUCACUCACUGUGCUGACUGGAAGCCAUUGGUAGCCAAGAUAUCUAGCUAUGUCCAGACUGGAAUUUCAACUUGGCCAAAAAUCUAUUUAUAUGAUACCAGCAAUGGGAAGAAACUUGAUAUUGGGCUAGAAUUAGUUCGUAAAGGAUUUGCAGUCGAACUUCCUGAAGAUGUGGAAGAAGAUGGAACUGUCCCAGAUAUGUUGAAGGACAUGGCCAUGGAAACAGAUACUUCUCUUGCCAGCAUACUCAAUGAGACCAAAAAGAGCCCUGAAGAGUUACCACAUACCCUGUCCUGCCUCAGCUUAUCAGAAGCUGCCUCUAUCUCUGGUGAUGAUAAUCCUGAAGACUUAUUCUGAAGUCUGGGCUGCAGCUACUGGACCAGCUGUCUGCUUUGUGAUUUGGUACCAGGAGAGAGGAGUCUGUGAUAUACAGAGACCCACAAAGUUCUUUGUUUCACAUGGCGUGGCUUGCUAUGGAUCAAAUCCAUUUUUCCGUUCCAUUGGACUACUGGAAAGUGGCAGAUGGAGACAGAUUUCUCCAUGGCUGGUUCCUCCCCCACCUUUCAAUGUUUGGAUGCUCCUGUGUAAUCCCAACCUCUUCAUAUCAGGUUCAUUCUCCUGCCAGUAAUAAUUUGCAUUACUGCUGGACUGCAUUCUUUUUGAGGCUGGGAAACAGCCAGAGUUUGGGCAUGGAGAGUGUUUCUGCGGAUUUAUGACCCACCUUAUCAGUAUUUGGACUCUGAAGACUGCAGUUGUCAGUUGUCAGAAGACAAAAGGAAAAAUCAGCAUCAAUAUAAAGGUCUUAUGGAGGGGGAGUGCUACCUCUCACCCUCCAUUGCAUUGCUGAGGUUUUUGAAGAUAGUUUUUUUUUUAAAUAGUCCUUCAGCUAUUUCUUUAUGAACUUUAGUUUAAAUACAAGUAGAAGAAAUGGAGAGACAACUUAGGAGACAACUUAGGAAAUGUUAAAUUAACAGUUUGUGAAAUAAAGAAUGUACUUCUGCUUGGA